AAGUAGGAACUAUUGAGGGCACACUGAACGACGUCAUGUACGGAUCAGCUUCGUUUGACGCAGUGGGGACAUUGAUCAAGUCGUCCUAUACAGCCGAGGAGGUCGUAGACGCAGAGACUUUAUAUGAACUCCAGGGUCCUACUUCCGAAGAGCCCUUCCGAUUCCUCGGCAUCAAGUGGGUUGUCAAGUCCACCUCGUCCACCGUUAAGGCCUUUGUGUGGCCACGGGACCUUACGUUUAUCGCAGCAACAGGUAUAUUGACACGUCAGGGUGGCGAACGAGUGGGUUACCACUUGAUGCACUCGGUGGAUCUCGGCAAAGGUUAUGGUCCUCUCGAAGGAAAGCGGAUCGUGCGUGGCCGAAUCUCUUCGUGCUAUCUGUAUCGACAAACAUCUUCAAACACCGUGGAUGUGUACAUGAAGACCAAUUUUGAGCCGAAUGGGUCGGUUCAUGAAAGUGUUGCACUACUAUCAGCGGCGAACAGUCUUACGUAUUGCUUGAAGUCGUCACUAUGCGCUCAAAACAAGAAAUUGUCGUGGCUUCUGGCACACCCGAAGAUUGACGACACCGAAGCUGGUUCUGCACGACCGAGUACUGUGCGGAUCAAGAAACGCAACGACUGUGGAGUUUGUACGAGACCGAUUGGCACAUUUUCACGAUGUCAUACCUGUCGUGUUUGCAAUGCCCGCGCAUGCUCGACGUGCUUUGUCAAGAAGAAAUUGAGUUUUCCUGGCCAAGGACACAAGACUGUGGAGCAACGUUCUGUUGUUAUUUGCACGCACUGCCUCACCCACGCUCGGAAACUCAACUCGUUGGAAAUCGCGGAAAAGGAAGUGAUCGAACGGCAGCAAAUGAACAGACGACGUGGCACUCUUCGAACAACAGGAUCCUCGACACGUAGCAUUCGUAGCCGAAGCAAUAGUCGUCCUGAUAUUAACCGGCGUCGACGUGGAACUGUCACUGGGCGCACAGCCAACGAACAGGAGAAGUUCGAGAAUGAAAAGGUAUUCCACACUGCCCCCGUUCGAAGGGUAAGUCGAACGCCACGCCAAACUCACUCCCAGAGGAAGUUGGACUCGAAUACGAAGCCAGCAUGGGAUUAUAACUCUGAGACGGAGGACAUUGGCGAUGAGAAUGACACGGUGGUGAGUUCCAACACGGUGUUGCUGCCUGUGGACUCGGAACCACGCAAAACUCGCGCGAGGGAUACGAGAACACGAAGCAACAGCAGGAAGACAAUCACCAUGCAAAACUUAAGCAAGAACGACGCAGAGAUUCCUGUCGUGGAUCAUCCGGAUGUGUGGGAUGUCGACUCUGAUACGGAUGAAGUCGACUACUUGGUGAGUUCUCAGGAGGUGCCGAUACUGGGCGAGACACUCCCUGAGGCUGUGGUACAAUACGCUUGGGGAGCGGUGGUGCCGUCUCCUACCAACAAGGAGGCACCCGCGACUUCAGCUUCGUGGCCAUCGCCACCAUCGUCGCCGUUGCCAUCCCCGACUCCGUUGCCAAAGGAAAAGGAGGACUCGUGGCCAACAGCUCAAGGUGAGCGAGCGUCGGUGUGGACGCCGCCCAUUUCACAGCCAACGACGAUUCCUCGAAUCCACGCAGGAGCUUCGACUCAGGAAGUAUUGGCACAGUUCGCGGAGCUUUGCAACGCAGCAGAAAACGUGUAUCAGGCGGCAAGAAAACACACCAUCACGCACUUGGACCCCACAGUGCUACCAACGCGUCAAAAUAACACCAGACUCGACAUGAGCGCUGUGGACUAA